GUCACGGCGCGGCCGCGGCUCCUCCCCGGCCGCCAUCGGCACCGGCGGCAUCACCGCUACCAUCGGCACCACCGCCACCUCCGCCACCUUCGGCACCAUCGGCUCCAUCGGCUCCAUCGGCAUGGCCUUGCGGGCGCUGUGGCUCCUCAGGCACGACCCCGCGGCCGGCGGCGCCGUGCUCUUCUCCAGGCGCUACCCCACGGUUGAGCUGCGCGCCGAGACCUUCAACGGCUCCACGCACGUCCCCGUCCCCUCGGACAGCGCCUUCCUCAAGGCCCUGCUCUUGGAGCUGAGGCUGGUGGACGAGCACGUUUUCGUGGAGCAGCGGGACACCUGCACCCGGAUCAACCAUUCCUGCGUGCAUUCCGUGUCCACCGCCGCGGGGGAGCUCUGGCCCGUGCUGGCCUUCCACAAGAGCGGCCUCAUCUACGCCUGUGUCCCGCUGGUGGAGGGGACCCUGGAGCCACGGCCACCCCUCCUCACCGUCAGAGGGCUCUCGCAGGGACUGGCUCUGUUGUUGGGCAUCGUGGACUACGUCUCUCCCAGCCGGAAAAACGAGGCUGAGCUGAACGCAAAGAUCGGGCAGCUCCGGAAUCUGCUGGUCCAGGCCUGUCCCCUGGGCACCCCCCUGAACACCAACAUCCGCAGCCUGAACAGCUCCUUCGAGGACAUCCAGGAGAUGCCUGUGGAUAAGGAUCAGCCAGCCUGGAGAUCCAGCACCUACAAGGGCAAACCUCAGGUUAAUGUCUGCAUCACUGAGAAGGUCAAGUGUAUGCAGUAUGACCAGAGGGAUGUGGUGGACACGUGGCAAGUUUAUGGAGCUGUGAACUGCAAGUGUGACAUAGAGGGAUCUGCACCAAACGUCACCCUCAGCCUGACCCUCCCCACGAACGCGCCCCCGCUCCAAGACAUCGUGGUCCAUCACUGUGUGACUUCUGUGGACCCUGCCAUGCUGAUGUCCACCAGUGUCGAGCCUCUGCAUGAUUCUGUCUACAAUGGGCCUUACAAAUUCCCUUUCAUUCCUCCUUCGGAUUCCUUCAACCUCUGUUACUACACUUCCCAGGUUCCUGUUCCACCAAUUUUGGGAUGUUACCAACUCGUUGAAGAGGGAUCACAGAUAAAAAUAACGGUUAAUUUAAAGCUCCAUGAAAGCAUAAAGAAUUCUUUUGAGUACUGUGAAGCUCGUAUACCUUUCUUCAACAGGGGCCCCAUUGCUCAGUUAGAGUCCAAAGUUAGUUAUGGCCAACUGGAUUUAUCCCGGGAGAAGAGCCUCCUGGUUUGGGUCAUUGGACAGAAGUUCCCCAAGUCUUUGGAAGUUUCCCUGACUGGAACUGUGUCUUUUGGCACCGCAGGCAAAGAGCACCCGACUGAUUAUGUGUGCACUGGGAACACUGCUUAUGUAAAACUGUAUUUUAGGAUCCCAGACUUUACACUUACUGGAUGUUACGUAGACCAGCAUUCUGUUCAGAUCUUUGUUCCAGGGAAGCCCAAAAUUACUGCAUCCCGGGAACUGAUUUCUUCUGAUUACUAUAUCUGGAAUUCCAAAGCACCAGCACCUAUGGUGUACAAACCCUUACUUGACUAAUGUACUUAGUACAUUAAUGUACUAAUCAUUUUUAUAUUUAAACAAAGCACAGUGUUAAUGAGAUUUAUGUAAUGAUACAGUAAAAUAAAUAUUCUUCAG